AUGCUGGAGGGUCGCUUGUCCAACCAGGAGCGGACGUUGGCAGCUCUGCUCCAGCAGGCGCUGCAGAUAAAGGAGGAGAUGGCGUCCAGCCUGCGGUCCACUCACGGCUCCCUGUUGGCCGAGUGCUCGUCCCGGCGGCUCCUGGAGAACCACAUCCACACCAUCACUCACAUCGUCAAGCAGCUCAGCGCUGACAUUCAGGUGCUUGAGACUCAGAUCGGCCAGAGAGACACGGUGGCGUCGGGCACGUCCGUCACCGUCCAGAAUCUGGACCAGAAGAACCUGGUCGGCAUCGGAGACCUCAGGGGCAGAGUGGCCAGGUGUGACGCCAGCAUCGCUAAGCUCUCGGGGGACGUGAGCGCCGGUUCCAAGGACGCCCUGCGCCUGCAACAGGAGAUCCGGGAGAUCCGCUCGACUCUCGAGCUUCGCCUGAAGGACACGGAGCUGAAGUUGUCUGAGGCCAUGACGAGAUUAGAGAGCACACAAGCAGAGCAUCUACUCAUGCAGAAGAACACCAGUGGAGACCUAACCAGGGAGAUCCAGCGCUUGGAUGGGAAAGCCUGCGAGGAUGUGCGGGAGCUGCAGCUGGAGGUGGUCAGACUGAGGAGGUGGACGGAGCAGCAGCUGCAGACGACAGCGCAGACGCACACACGUGGCGCCCAGCAGCUCCGCUCACUCAUGCAGGACCGGCUGGGGGAUGUAGAAGAGAGGUGCAACAAGCAGCUCUCCCUCCUCUCCGCUCGGCUGGAGGCUGUGGAGACCAGGCUGGAGCUGGAGUCCUCCUCCGCCAAGCAGCUCAGGCGCUCAGAGAGCAAGCACACGACGCGUCUGGUCGGCCUGGAGACGGACCUGAGGCAGGAGCUGGACGACAUCAGGAGCGAGUACCGGUCCGGAUUCCAAUCGAUCCACGACUCCAUCAACUCCCUUAAGCAUAUCGGGAGCACCAAGGCUGAGCUGGACAAGGAGACGCUGCAGCGGGACCUCAAGCAGAUCCGCAGGAAGAUGGCGGGACUGAGAGACGUUUAG